AUUUGAUGUCGUCGUUGACUUUCCUAGACCAGGGAAGGAUGAAAAAUCUUGGAAGAAGCGGAAGGGGGAAGGAAGCUGCUGAAAUGUAGAAAGCCCUGGAAUGUUCUACCGUCACCGUUACCGCUAAUAAUCCAAGCAAUUAAACGACACCCAUCGUUUCCGACGCGAAGUCGGUGGGUCUAUACGUCAAUCGCCGUUUGGUUCUCUCGUCAUCAUCAUCUAUCCUUCAAUCAAUAGGGUCUUGUGCUAGGUAUAAUGGUAAGUGGAACUGGUGAAUUCGCUGAUCGGCCUUCUGAAACGGGAAAGUGUUCUUCUUCCACGAGUGGAAGCGGGGAUAAUGAUGCGAGUGAUUUUGAAUGUAACAUCUGCUUUGAGUUAGCUCAGGAUCCUAUAGUCACCCUCUGCGGUCACCUAUUUUGCUGGCCUUGUCUCUUUAGAUGGUUGCGGCUUCACUCACAUUCACACGAGUGCCCUGUUUGUAAGGCUCUGAUUCAAGAGGAGAAGCUGGUACCUCUUUAUGGGAGAGGCGGGUCUACUACUGAUCCAAGGAGUAAACCAGUUCCUGGCGUGGAGAUUCCUAGUCGACCAGCAGGGCAGAGGCCUCAAACUGCUCCACCUCCCGAAGAGUCAAUGAACUUUCCUAACUUUGGACUGGGUAUGUGGGGAGGCUUUUUGCCCGUGGUGACUGCAGGGUUUGGUAACUUUGCCAUGCUGGCUGGUUUUGGGGGACUCCUACCGUCAAUAUUUAGUGUUCAGAUUCAGGGAAUGGCACCGCCAGCUUUUGACGCUGGUUACGCUUACCCACACGGUUAUCCAGGUGGAUAUUUCAAUGGAGCUAAUCAUCGUAGAGCCCCAGCAGCAAAUCAGGGGGGAGAAGCGGAAGAUAACAAAUUACUAUUGAUUAUAUUCUUUGUCAUUCUGGCAGUAGCUGUUUGCUUAUUCUCGUGAUGGUAAGACUGACGUUCAGAAAUUCUUUAAAAAAGCAUGAGAGGGUCGUACACGUAGUUUUGUUUUUACCCCUUUGUAAAUAUGGAAAGGUUUUGCUGUCUGCUAUUGUAUGAUGUGGUCGUCCAAGACUUGCUAAUUGUCUCUGUAUUAGCCCAUUUGGAUAAUGUGGUUACAUACUUUUACAAUUGCCAUGAACACCUAGUUGUGUAAUUUGGAGUAUGGUUUGGUUAUGGCAUGAAGCCUAAUGAUAAUGUUUUACCGUUACAUUAUAUCCGGCUAGUUGGCUAAUUUGCUUUAACUCUGGGAUGGUUAGUGGUAGAUAAAUAGUGUGAAAUGUACCAUCUCAAAGAUUCCAAGGUAAAGCCAGUAGCAAAUGCUACUUUAUCCAAUAGAAGAUUAACAUACUAAGUUGAAUUGACCUGAUUAUCUGGACAGAAAUUGAAAUCAUGCAUACGUUGUAGCCAAUUUAAGGAAUCAAUAUCAAACAGGGG